AGCUGCUUUAUGUCAGCUGGUCAGAGGGGCUUGAAGAUACGUCAAGAUAACAACAAGUGAACUUGGGCCGUAAAUGGCCCACAGCAAACUUUUAGCAUGGCCGAACUGAGCACUCUGACUCCAUGGCACGGAGUUGGCAAACUUUUAUAGCUGGACUCAAACGCGUCUCUCAGCGCCGUUGGCGAUUCCAUGAAAGGGAGAGUUUUAUUGUCCUAGCUCGCUGGCUAACGUUAGCUAUUUGUCUGGAGAGUUACCGACAUGGCUACCAGGGAGCUGUGUCUUCGGCAGACUUACCGGGGCCCGUCGGCCACCAUAAAGCAGGAGCAGGACGACGACUCGGACGCGGACGAGGCCAACCUGGGGCUGCGGAAGGCGGACGGGCUGGAGUCUCAGAUCAUCCACAGCGGGCACUUUAUGGUCUCUUCGCCCCACAGCGAACACCCCCCGAAAAAGGGCUACGACUUCGACACUGUCAACAAACAGACCUGUCAGACGUAUCAUUUUGGCAAAAGGAGCACGUCGCACUUCUCCAUUGACGCCUCCCUGACUAAGCUCUUCGAGUGCAUGACCCUCGCUUAUAGUGGUAAGUUGGUAUCUCCCAAGUGGAAAAACUUCAAAGGUCUGAAGUUACUCUGGAGAGACAAGAUCCGCCUCAACAACGCCAUAUGGAGAGCCUGGUAUAUGCAGUAUGUGGAAAGAAGGGAGAAUCCUGUAUGUCACUUUGUAACACCCCUGGAUGGAAACAUCGACUCUGAUGUCCAUCGUCCUGCAGAGGCUGUUGCCACAGAAGGGAAAGGCUUAAAAAGAAGAAUUGAAAUUGUCAUAAGAGAAUACCACAAGUGGAGAACAUACUUUAAGAAAAGGCUACAGAAGCACAAAGAUGAGGAUCUAUCAAGCUUACUUAAGGGUCCCGAGGAGCAGUUAUCGCUGUUUGGAGAAGUCUCUCCAGACAUGCUCCGUGUCUCCUUUUAUCAGGAUGAAGAGGCUGCUGCACGCCGUGUGGCUCGUAAACAUUACGAAACACCUGCCCCCAUGGAGAUGGACCCCCUUUUUGACAUGGAUGUUCUGAUGUCUGAGUUUUCAGACACAUUAUUUUCUACGCUGGCCUCGCAUCAACCCAUUGCUUGGCCUAACCCAAGGGAAAUUGCUCAUGCUGGCAACGCAGACAUGAUCCAACCCGGGCUCAUCCCCUUACAACCCAACCUCGACUUCAUGGACUCCUUUGAUCCGCUCCAAGACUUAUUUCACAGCCUCCGUCAGCCCGCCUUCCCCUCUGUUUCCCCCACUGCAUCAUCUGUCACUCCUCUACCAAGCAGCAGCUCUCAGUCACAGGCCCAGUUAAUGUCUUCCUUGCAGCUCUCAGGCAACCAAAUCACCCCCAACAGCUCCCUACUUAUCCACUCAUUGCCAGCCAUCGCCAGUCAGCCCACUCAAGGAGGCAGUGGCACUGCUUUUGUAGAGAACUACAUGCCCCUGUUCCCUGACCAGGUGGAGCCUAGCAAUCCAUCGGUUGUUUCCUCUGUCUCUCCACCAUUAUCACACGAUCCCCUUGCGCAGUGCCUUCAAGGCCAGAGCCUGGGCUCGGCAGCCCCCCUGGUGCCCUCAGCUUUGGACAGCUCCUCGGCGCUGGAUGAGAAUGUAGCUAACUCUGUGAUUACACACACGGCCCCCUCCACCGUCACGCCUAGCGACACCGCCACCACCUUCAGCCACAUCUCGGACUACGGCUCCAUAUCCAAACAGCGGCAAAAACCUCCAUCCCAGCUUAAACCCGUGGCUCCAGUUAACACCACGCCGCCUGUUCCAGCUUUUGCCCUGCCUCGUCCUUUUCAGCCCAACAGUGCCAACAAAGUGCGCCCGGUGCAAAGAAUCGCACCUGCAAACAAACUUCCCUCCUCCCACCUCAUCCUGACAGCACCUUUCUCUGGCCAUGCCAAUGCUGUGAUUGUUACACCCACACCCCUGAAAGCUGAAGUGGUCCCAACUAACACCAGCGUGGUCAUCACUCCCUCUCUCGGAGCAGCCUCUGGAUUUCACGUAUUACCUCAGAAGUCUCCUCAGCCAAUUGUCCCCAAAGAGAAAUCAUACUCUUCUGUCCGCAAGAAUCAUAAAACAUCCUCUGAUGUCGUUCAAAGUCAGGCAGGAACUAGUCAAGGAUCGCCUUGUGGCUUAGAUCAAGUUCCCAGUCCCCAGUCAAUAAUCGGCAGCCCCAGUACACCUUUGGUGAAAAAUGAGCACAGCCAGGGCCGGAGAACAACACACAUAUCAGCUGAACAGAAGAGGCGCUCAAACAUAAAUAUAGGCUUCAAGACCCUCUGUAACCUGGUGCCGACUUUGAAAUCGCAAUCAAAUAUAACUAAUGCGGUGACACUACAGAAGACAGUGGAGCACAUCGGGAAGCUUCAGCAGGAGAGGCAUCAGAUGCAGGAGGAAGUGAGGAGACUACGAGAGGAGAUCGAAGAGCUCAACACUUCCAUUAACUUGUGUCAGGAGCAGCUGCCUGCGACAGGCGUGCCCAUGAGACGGAAUCGCUUAGACCACAUGCAAGACAAGUUCAAUGAAUACGUGCAGAGCCGUACCCUUCAGAACUGGAAGUUCUGGAUUUUCAGCAUCAUCAUCAAGCCUCUCUUUGAGUCAUUCAAUGGAAUGGUGUCCACGACGAGCCGGGCAGAGCUGUAUCAAACUACGCUGCAGUGGCUUGAGCGUCACUGCUCCCUCCCUGCACUCAGGCCCAUGGUGCUAAGUACGCUCCGUCACCUGAGCACAACCACGUCCAUUCUAAGUGACCCUUCUCGGCUUCCAGAGGAAGCCAUUCAGGCCGUCACACACUCAGAUGUGAAGAGUUGAGGUCAACCAAAAGCCACCUGAACUAGUUUUCUUAUCUAGUUUUACUAAAGGAUAUUCAUCAUGGUCUUCCAUUGAUCCAAAGCUUCCCGGAGAAAUCAGUGAAACGGAUGUUUCCAGGGGCUGGAUUUGUUUUUAAUCGGACAGUUGUACGUUUCAUGUCUUGUGCUUUGAUUGAUGAAAAUAAUGCAGUAAUGAUGACAACCUUCACCUACAUCAGGUGAUGAUCUUAUAACAACUUCAUCGGACGCUGGUACAUGUGGUUUGUUUUAUGAGUAUAGAUUUAGUAAAUUUUGUGUUUAUAAUUGUAAAAAAAUCACAUUGUGUUGUUUUUUUUAAAAAAGGGACAAACUCUGUACAUGUUAAUUGUCUUCUUAUUUAGAAACAAGAUUAGAGUUAUUUCGCAUUUUCAGCAGGGGAUGAGAUUAAUGUGGGAUUUUACUCCUGCAGGAUUAACAUUUGCUUUUUUUUCCAGAGGUUCAAGUAAAAACCUCACACCUGAAUGUAGGAGGUCAACCAACAUGUUGCCCCUAAAGAUCCAGUCUGUGCCUAGUCAGCACAGCAUGAACUGGAGUUUCUUUCAUUUUCCAUCCUUCAUUUACUCAGGUGAAGUUUAGAUUACCAGUUAACACUAGAGGUUUCCUAGUGGUUCUCCGUCCUCGUCAAACAUCUAUCUUUUGUUCAUUCUUCCCAUUUAUAGACAGUUUGACUGCAAAUUUCAACAAAUCUAGUAGCAUACAUCAUGCCACACAUGCAUGCGCAAGGGCAUGUCAGAGCAUGAUGGAGUGUUUAUUAUUUACAGCCCUCAUAGGGAUCAUAACUGACAGUACAAAGCCGUACAGAUUUUGCAUUUAUGUUCUAUAUUUACAUGUAAAAUGUUGCAGGUUCUCCUCCUCUGCAGGGGUCUCUUCUGUUCUUCGUUGGUCACUCAGGGCUAUGCUAUUAUAUGAGAUUAUUGUCCAUCUGAAUGCAUCAAGUGAGGACGCUUCUCAACAGGAACACUCAUUGUUUAUAAAGGUACUGUUUGCCUCACAUGGAUUGGUUAAUAGUGUUUGUUUGUUUUUCUCUGGCUCUCUGCCCUUGGUUACUCUGCCCUUGGUUACAUUAUCGGGCUGAAAACGGACACAGCAGAAGGAGAACACUCUUCCAAGUGAAAACGCAGCACAGAAACGUUAACCAAAAGCCAUAUCUAGGAGAACUAUUCCUCCCAAAACAAGUACAUUUGCUUCUCUGGACUUAACUUCUGAUGGAUUGCUCUGCUGUCCUCACAGCAUGCAGAUGUUGCCUUCAUUUGAUAUAUGAAUCAGCUGUUUGAUCAAAGUGUCCUUACCUGUAAUCACUGCUGGCUAUUGUGUCCUUUAUGCUAUGGCUUUUUGUUUUAUUUGGAAGUGGGGGGGUUGUGUUGUUUGUUUGUUUGUUUGUUUGU